CGCUUCCGGGUCAGAUUACACGUAGCGUCACUGCUGUGUUUAGAUCCGCAGGUAGUUUUGAACGACGUCUUUUACACACUUAUUUAAUGUGUGUACGAUUGUUGGUCCAUGUGUUACCGUGUUUGUGUGCUCCGACUAGAAUGAAGCCGCAGCGGCGCCUAACGCUGUCUUUGUUGUCAUGUAUAGGCUAAGCUAAGUCACCGUGCUAACGUUGGUAUGCGUAGUUAGCAGCUAUUUGUCUUGUUUACCACUUUUACAAGAUGUAUACUUUGUUGUCUGGAUUAUAUAAGUACAUGUUCCAGAAGGAUGAAUACUGCGUUCUGAUCCUGGGACUGGAUAAUGCCGGGAAAACGACCUUCCUGGAACAGACCAAAACAAAGUUCAGUAAGAACUACAAGGGAAUGAAUUUGUCGAAGAUCACAACUACAGUUGGCCUGAACACACUACAGGCAGUGACUGGCUGCUACAUUUACUCCUGCUGGCUAACCCUGACUUACUAUGCUGAGUCCCACGGAGUGAUCUAUGUGAUAGAUUCAACUGAUGAAGCACGCUUGUCAGAAUCAAAGGAGGCCUUUGAGAAAAUGAUCAGCAGCGAGGCUUUAGAAGGCGUUCCACUCCUGGUGCUGGCCAACAAGCAAGAUGUACCGAACUGUUUGUCAGUGCCGGACAUAAAAACAGCCUUCAGCGACUGUGCCCCGAAGAUCGGCAAGAGGGAUUGCUUAGUCCAGCCCUGUACUGCCCUCACAGGGGAUGGAGUGAACGAAGGCAUCGAGUGGAUGGUGAAGUGUGUGGUCAGGAACAUUCACCGGCCACCCAGACAGAAGGACAUCACAUAAGACAUCGUCAUCAUCAUCUCUUGGUUAUGAUUUUGGACUGUAAGUUUCUACUCAAGGACAUUCCAUGUAAACCCUGGAGCUGAUAACUCUCCUCUCUCCUCGUGUUUCCUGUGACUUUGAACAGUUUGGACUUCUACUUGUAGGAGUUCAUCAUAGAGUGCAACAGUGUUUUCAUCACCAAGCAUAACUUCAGAUGUGCUCUGAACAAUGUCUGCCUCUUCGCACUUGUUACAUGUUUUGAUUUCUUCGGCCUCCUGUGAGCAGCUUCCUCGGACGAAGCUACUGGCUGGGAUCAGAGCUGCAACACCUGUAUGGACCUUCACUGACACCGUACUUCUCAUAAAAUAUACUAAGCGGUUUAAUGAGGUGGUUAUCUGCUUUUUUUCCCCCCACACUAUCUAGUUCACUAAGCAGUGUUUAGUUCGCAUGUUUAUGGUUGAGUUGAAAUUGAAAUUCUCCUCUUGUAUCAAUUAAUAACAAUACCGCAUCAGUCGUGUGCAGGUUUCCAUUCUUCAAACGCAAACAGAACCUUUUUGAGUGUAUUUGUGGAAACAGUGUUUCCACUUUUGGUGUUGAGUUUGUCGGUCAAAAUUUUUUUCACUCAUCAGCUGUCAAUCAUUUCAUCUGUCUGUUCCUGUACAACAUUCAACAUUUGGGAAGACCUGUUGUGCCGUUUGUAUUCCUCUAAACAAGUAGACAUUAGUUAUAAGUAGUCCUGUGACUUCAGCACUGUUUAUGUUACUCUGUGAAGUCAAUCAGGACGCAGUGUAGCACGUAACAUGUUCACAAAUGUGAACAACACGACUGGAGCCUGUCUAGCAGUUAGAACAGAGGUGAAGCAACAGACUAGUAGUGGGUUUGACACACAGAUUAGAGCACCAGCAUUAGCCAGGCACCAAAAAUAUCUACAUACACAUGAAAGGCUCCAAAGUUGUAAUUUGAAGUGUUCGAGUAGAGUCGUCUGUGAGCUGCAGCAAGUCAGGGAGGCUUGUGUGGAGAGAGAUCUGAACAUUCUAGACAAGGCCACAGUGUACAGUUACAGCUAAACCAUUCUAAGGCAGGAAGGGAUUUUUUUAAUGGAAAAAACUUGAGCGUAGCUGUGAUACAUGGAGUGUGUUUCAUCAACAUCUGUAGAGGGACUCUCCACAGGUUUCAGCUGCAUCCUCCUCUGAAUUACUUUGCUUGUCAACAUGUUUCAAGCUCUUUCAAUUUCUUUUGCAUGUGAUAUGCAUAACUACGAUAACAUGAAUACACGAUGGACAGAUGAGUACAAAUAAAUUAAUCUGAUGAGCUCUUCUGUUUUAGUUGUAUGGGUCAAGUCUUAAUAUUGUGAGCUGAAAGUCAUUUGGUCCAACUUUUGGCGGAAAACGAGAACAACUACUUUAUUUACAGAGCUGUAUAUGAUGUGUGUUUUUGCAUUACUUUGCUCAGUGAGGCUCCAGACAGCGAGUUACAGGAGCCCAGACAGAUGUGAGUGGUCUUCUGUUUAUCUGUAAAAUAUCCACCGUCAGAUUUAUCAUUGAUUUUGUUUGACUUACUUUGGAAAUGUCAACAUGCAUAAUUUGCAGACACACUACAGGUGGUUGGGUAAAUGGAUAUGAAAUCUAUAAAACCCAAACACACAAAGUGCUGAGUCAACACAAACCCUGCUGACCACUGCUGAAUCAGCAGUUUGACUUGGGAUGUAUGAAGUACUUAAAAAAACCUGAAGGUGACGUCUUCAGUCAGUCACAUGUGCUGUGUGGUAGGUUAUUAUAAUAAAAUUUGAAUUUCAACAAACCA